AGUGCACUUCAGAUUUUCCACUGGAGUCCCUGACAGGGAAGCUUUGAAGAACAGUUUCUAAAGAAUAAGAAAUAGGAGGAGUUACAGUACCUGACUUGGGGCUGCUCUUAUUCAAAUUCUGCACAGCAAGGAAGAUAAUUUUCAGACGUUAUGAAGGCGGAGAAGGAUCCCGAAGAUGAAGAAAAUAUCGUUAGAGAUCCAAGCUAAGUGUAGCACAGCAUGGGGAUUGGCGAACAGGAAGAGUUGUAAAGAGAGGGCCAAGUCACACUGAUUAGGAGUUUGUCUGCUGGCUUGCUUUGUCAGCUACAGAGAUUUGUAACUUAAUUUGUAGUCGUUUGCUGUUAGCAACAAAAACUAAGUUCUGUCUAUGAUGAACUGUUGGUUUUCUUGUGCUCCUAAGAACAAACAUGCAGCAGAUUGGAACAAAUAUGAUGACCGAUUGAUGAAAGCAGCAGAAAGGGGAGAUGUAGAAAAAGUGUCCUCAAUCCUUGCCAAAAAGGGGGUCAAUCCAGGCAAGCUAGAUGUGGAAGGCAGAUCUGUCUUCCAUGUGGUGGCCUCAAAGGGUAAUCUUGAGUGUUUGAAUGCCAUCCUUGUAAAUGGAGUUGAUAUUACAACCACUGACACUGCAGGAAGAAAUGCUCUUCACCUGGCUGCAAAGUAUGGACAUGCAUUGUGCCUACAAAAACUUCUACAGUACAAUUGUCCCACUGAACAUGCAGACCUGCAAGGAAGAACCGCACUUCAUGAUGCUGCUAUGGCAGACUGUCCUUCUAGCAUACAGCUGCUUUGUGACCAUGGUGCCUCAGUGAAUGCCAAAGAUGUAGAUGGGCGGACACCACUUGUUCUAGCUACUCAGAUGUGUAGGCCAGCAAUCUGUCAACUGCUAAUAGAUAGAGGAGCAGAUAUUAAUUCCAAAGACAAACAAAACAGAACUGCUCUCAUGCUAGGUUGUGAAUAUGGUUGCAAAGACGCUGUAGAAGUCUUAAUUAAAAAUGGUGCUGAUGUAAGCUUGCUGGAUGCCCUUGGCCAUGAUAGUUCUUACUAUGCAAGAAUUGGUGACAAUCUUGACAUUCUAACCUUAUUGAAGACUGCAUCAGAAAAUACCAACAAAGGGAGAGAACUUUGGAAGAAAGGACCAUCAAUACUACAGCGAAAUAUGACACACAUGCUAGAUGAAGUAAAUAUGAAGUCAAAUCAGAGGGAGCACCAAAGCAUUCAGGAUCUCCAGAUUGAAAAUGGAGAUUUGAAAGAAAGGUUGAGAAAAAUUCAGCAAGAACAGAGAAUAUUAUUGGAUAAAGUCAAUGGUUUACAGCUACAGCUAAAUGAGGAAGUAAUGGUUGCUGAUGAUCUGGAAAGUGAGAAAGAAAAGCUGAAGUCCCUUUUGGUGGCUAAAGAAAAGCAACAUGAAGAAAGCUUAAGAGCUAUUGAGGCUCUGAAAAAUAGAUAUAAAUAUUUUGAGAGUGAUCAUGUAGGAUCAGGAAGUCAUUUCAGUAACCGAAAAGAAGAUGUGCUUCUUAAACAAGGUCAAAUGUACAUGACAGACUCACAGUGUACUUCCACAGGUGUGCCAGCUCAUAUGCAAAGCAGAUCUAUGUUACGACCACUGGAGCUGUCCUUACCAAAUCAAAGUUCAUAUUCUGAAAACGAAAUUUUAAAGAAAGAGUUAGAAACAAUGAGAACUUUCUGUGAAUCAGCAAAACAGGACCGACUCAAGCUCCAAAAUGAACUGGCUCACAAGGUGGCUGAGUGCAAAGCAUUAGCAUUAGAAUGUGAAAGGGUCAAGGAGGACUCAGAUGAACAGAUAAAGCAAUUAGAAGAUGCAUUAAAAGAUGUGCAGAAGAGAAUGUAUGAGUCAGAAGGGAAAGUUAAACAAAUGCAGACUCAUUUUCUUGCCCUUAAAGAGCAUCUUACAAGUGAAGCAGCUUCAGGGAAUCACAGACUAAUGGAGGAACUGAAGGAUCAGUUGAAAGACAUGAAAGCAAAGUAUGAAGGUGCUUCAGCAGAAGUGGGAAAAUUAAGAAACCAAAUCAAACAAAAUGAGAUGUUAGUAGAAGAGUUUAAGCGGGAUGAAGGCAAGCUGGUAGAAGAAAAUAAGCGACUUCAGAAGGAAUUCAGUAUGUGUGAAAUGGAGCGAGAGAAGAAAGGGAGAAGGGUCACAGAAAUGGAAGGCCAGUUAAAAGAAUUGUUAGCAAAGUUGGCCCUUUCCAUUCCAAAAGAAAAAUUUGAAAACAUGAAGAGCUUAUUAUCGAAUGAAGUAAAUGAGAAGGCAAAAAAAUUAGUUGAUAUGGAAAGAGAAUAUGAAAAAUCUCUUAGUGAAAUUAAACAGUUAAAGCGAGAGCUUGAGAAUUUUAAGGCUAAGAUUUCUCAGCAUGUCAAACCAGAGGAACAUGAGCAGCUCAAGAGCAGAUUAGAACAAAAGUCAGGAGAACUUGGAAAGAAGGUCACUGAGUUAAUAUCCAAAAAUCAGACCUUACAAAAGGAAAUCGAAAAGGCUAAUCUGGAUAAUAAGCUCCUCAACCAGCAAGUACAUAACUUAACAAUUGAAAUGAAAAAUCAUUACAUUCCUUUAAAAGUAAGUGAAGAAAUGAAAAAGUCACAUGAUGUAAUUAUUGGUGAUUUGAAUAAAAAGCUUUUAGAUGUAACAGAAAAAUACACAGAAAAGAAGUUGGAAAUGGAGAAAUUGCUGAUGGAAAAUGACAAUUUAAAUAAAAAUGUUAACCGCCUGGAAACUGUGUUCAUACCUCCUGAGAAACAUGAAAAAGAGAUGAUGACGCUGAAGUCCAAUAUAGUUGAACUUAAAAAACAGCUCUCUGAACUUAAUAAGAAAUGUGGUGAAGACCAAGAGAAAGUAUAUUCACUCAUGUCUGAAAACACCAACUUGAAAAAGACUAUGAGUAAUCAGUAUGUACCAGUUAAAACCCACGAAGAGAUUAAAACUGCACUAAGUAGUACAUUAGAUAAAACUAACAGAGAAUUGUUAGAUGUGAAGAAAAAAUUUGAACAUGUAAAUAAAGAACUUGUGAAAAUAAAAGAUGAGAAUGAAAUAUUAAGAAGAAACCUGGAAAAUACUCAGAACCAAAUGAAAGCUGAGUACAUCAGCCUAAGAGAGCAUGAGGAAAAGGUGAGUGCUGUCAGUAAGAGCAUGAGAAAUGUACAGGAGAAUAGUGCAGAAAUACUGGCCAACUACAAGAAAGGCCAAGAAGAGAUUGUGACACUGCAUGCUGAAAUUGAAGCCCAGAAAAAGGAACUUGACACGAUACAAGAAUGCAUUAAAGUAAAAUAUGCUCCAAUUGCCAGCUUUGAAGAGUGUGAGAAAAAAUUUAAGACAAUAGAGAAAGAACUAAAAGAACAGUUAUCAGAGCAGACACAAAAGUAUAAUGUCAGGGACGAAGAGACCAAGAAGUGCAAACAAGAGAAUGACAAGUUAAAGGAGGAGAUUUUCACUCUUCAGAAGGAUUUAAGGGACAAGAAUGCUCUCAUAGAGAAUUCUCAUGAAAUGGAAAGAGCAUUAAACAGAAAAACAGAAGAGCUGAACAGACAGUUAAAAGACCUGUUACAGAAAUACACGGAGGUAAAGAAUGAGAAGGAGAAGCUAGUAGAAGAAAAUGCCAAACAGACUUCUGACAUCCUUUCAGCACAGACACUUUUCCAAAAGCAGUAUGUCCCAUCGGAACAGGCAGAGGCCCUGGAAAAAUCUCUUAAUGGCACAAUUGAGACUCUAAGGGAAGAAUUGAAGAAUAAGCAAAGGUGUUAUGAGGAGGAGCAGCAGACAGUGACCAAGCUGCAUCAGUUGCUGGAAAACCAAAAGAACUCUUCUGUGUCCCUGGCAAAGCAUUUGCAGAUGAAGGAAGCAUUUGAGAAAGAGGUGGGAAUUAUAAAAGCUACCUUGCGAGCCAAGGAAGAAGAAAACCGAAACAAAACUGAAGAAAUCUCCAAACUUCAGUCAGAGGUUCAGAAUAGUAAACAAGCAUUAAAAAAAUUAGAGACAAGAGAGGUAGUUGAUAUGUCUAAAUAUAAAGCAACAAAAAGUGAUUUGGAGACACAGAUUUCCAACUUAAAUGAAAAGUUGGCCAAUCUGAAUAAAAAGUAUGAAGAAGUGUGUGAGGAGGUUUUGCAUGCCAAAAAGAAGGGACUGUCUGCAAAAGGUGAUAAAGAAUUACUACAUUUUAGCAUUGAGCAAGAAAUCAAGGAUCAGCAGGAGCGAUGCGAUAAGUCCUUAUCAACAAUCACAGAGUUGCAGACAAGAAUACAGGAAUCUGCUAAACAAAUUGAAGCAAAAGAUAAUAAGAUAACUGAGCUGCUUAAUGAUGUAGAAAGACUAAAACAGGCACUGAAUGGCCUUUCACAGCUCACCUAUACGAGUGGGAGUCCCAGCAAGAGACAGAGCCAGCUGAUUGACACUCUGCAGCACCAAGUGCGGUCCCUGCAGCAGCAGCUGACUGAUGCCCACAGACAGCACCAAGAAGUAAUUGCAAUUUAUCGGACACACCUUCUUAGUGCCGCACAGGGUCACAUGGAUGAAGAUGUGCAGGCGGCCUUACUCCAGAUUAUACAGAUGCGGCAGGGGCUUGUAUGCUAGUAGUCGGUGCUGGCCCGCCAGUGUCUGCUUCGCCAGCUGGUGCUGAACAUUCUGUUGCAAUUGCAUGGCCUUUCUGGGCCUUCCUGUUCUAGUAUAAAUGAAAUAAAAUGUAUUUUUUUUUCCAUCAGUAGGUUUUAAAAAAUUAGAUGAAUAUGUUACUGAGUUUUUCAGUAUCAAUUCAAAUCUUAUAUUCCAUAUAUAUUAAUUUCACAGUUAGGCAAACAGCAUAACACUUUGCCUUGGACUGGCCACACACUUUUAAACUGUGGAGUCCCUAAUAACACAUGAGCCAUCUGAAUGGGUUGAAGAGGGGUUAGGCUGAAAAAUUGUUUAAAGAUUUCUCUCAGAGAAAUUGAUUUGGUCACUUUAAAUUGAUCAAAAGAUCUUUCAGAUCUUUGGUCUGAGCCAUGAGACCUAAUGCAGUUUCAAGGAAUGCAUUAUAACUUGGCUGGCCAAGUUGUGUUUUUUAUUGAAGUAACUUAAUGAUUGCCUUUGACUUCUUUUGGAGGUACAAUUUUUUCUUCUUCUUUACACUAGUAACUUUUAUGCCUUUUAAAAUAAUUUUCUUUCAUGCUGGUUUGCAGUGCUGAAUUACAUUUAGAUUAAGAACAGUCCAGGAUGGACUAUAUUAGGAAUUUAUAAUAAAAUUGCCUCAUAAUUUCCACAACAGUAUCUUAAUUUUCAUUGUGAUGACUUUUCUUCCUUCAGUAUUUAGAGAAGUAUAAGUGCUAUGCUAGAUUUUUCAGUGUCGAAAAAUUUAGACUUUUUUAUUUUCUUUGACAUUUGCUACUAUAGUAACCAAGCACUCAUUAUACAUGCAUCCUCCAAAUGUUUGUACUUAUUUAUAGGAAAAUUGCACUAAUGAGGCUAAUAAUGUGAAAUGCAGCUUUCUUGCAAAAUUAGCAUGAGAGAAUUGGUUUUAGAAAACAGGUCUUUAAGAUUUUAGACAAAAAUGCAAUAAUAUAGUAAACUUUAAGAAUAUAGAUAGUGAGAAAAUAAUAAAAUUGGACAUGUUUAUAGUAAAUAGUCUGUUGUAGCCAACCAUUUUUAUUAACUACAUCUCAUUAGAGAGUUUAUAUGUUUAUAUGUUUUAUUAUUUUUAUUAAUUUUAUAAUUGAAAUUGAAAAUUACUAAUUUGACUGUUAGCAAAUAAACUGAACAAAUUAUUUCCACCAACAUUUUUUAAAUUGCAAAAUGUGCCUUAGCAGUAAUAAUCUUGAACAUCCUCAAUCAGACUUUUGAUCCCAUUUUUGUAUAAUAACAAGGACACAUGACAAUCAAAAUAGCUUUUCCCACCAAAGAAGAAGUCCUCAUAUUUCUUAGUGUAGAAACAACAGUGAAAAGUCAGAAUUGGAUUUAUUCUUAAUUCUUUAGGUAGAUAUACACAGUUUACAUAAGCAAUAUAAAAAGCAAUGUUCUUUUUACAUUUAAUAUGUUCUACAGCAUGGGUUCUGUUUCAUGAGUAUUAAUGUCACCUACUGAAGCUCUGGAGUGGAGAAAGUUCUUAACUGAAUAGUCACAUUUUAGUGCUAUAUUUUCCGUACUAGGGGUGAGAAGGGAACCUUAUGUAUAUUUUAUUUUGUCUUCAGCCAUCAAUAAAAUGUUUUCUGUGAAA